AUGUGCUGGGCCAGUGAUCCACAGAAACUAUUUUCAUUUGAACUGCUAGAGUACUCGGCCAAGUUGGUAGGGUCAAAGCGCCGCCAGGAUAAGCGACACGUUGCAAAACCCCUUCUUGUGUUUGCUGAGCUAUAUGAGUGGUUUCUAGCAGAUCAAAAGCAGAAUACUUUCGAGAAUCUUAUAACCUGCAACCCUGUAAGCAAUAGUGCGCAGAUGCGCAGUGACAGUACCACAGAUGUGGUAACCAUACAGACCAUGCCACAACAACACUACCUAUGGCUUUCUAUCAAAUGGGCAGUUCAGUCGCCAAACUACUUUCCACUUGAGAGCUAG